UCCCAAAAUAGCAAAGCGAAUUCGGAAAGCCUCAGGAAAAAAAAAUGGCUGAAGCACUUUCCCCAAUAACUCGUCAAAUCACCAAAGAAAACCAGGAGCUUUGGGUCCCCUCUGUCGAUUAUCGCCUCGAAGACGUCGAGGACUGUUUAAUUUACGACCGACAUGGAUCCUCUGUUCCGUUCAAGAAUUUAUAUCAAGACAGGAAAUCGGUCAUAAUUUUCGUGCGGAAUUUCUUGUGCUACACCUGUAAAGAAUAUGUGGAGGAUUUGAGCAAAAUACCUAAAGAAGCACUAGAGAAUGCCGACAUUAGACUGGUCGUGAUUGGUCAGUCUGCUUAUCAUCACAUAGAGCAAUUCUGCUCACUGACGGGGUAUCCUUAUGAAAUAUACGUGGACCCGGAGAGGUGCAUUUAUCAAAAGCUUGGGAUGAAGAGAGAGGAGAAAUUUUCAGACUCAGCCAACCCCAGUCCCCAUGUGAAGUCUGGUAUGUUUAUUGGACAAAUGAAGAGUAUCUGGAGGGCCAUGACAAGCCCUGCAUUUGACUUCCAGGGAGACCUGCAUCAGCAAGGUGGAGCCAUCAUUGCAGGACCAGGCUCUCAAGUUCAUUUUUCUCAUUUUGACAUGAAUCGCCUGGACCACAUGCCCAUUAACUGGCUCCUGCAGCUCGCUGGAGUUCAACAGACUCUGGACUUCAGCGAUAAGCCAAAGAUCAUCCAUGUGUAGCAGGCCGGCCGCCUGAAAUCACGCUCCUCCCCACAUCACUGUUAUUAUCACACAUGCAGGGAUCUAUGUGUGUUACAUGUUAAGUUACAUCACCAUUAUGCACUGGCAAAAUGCUACAAAGAGUGUGGGCAACAUCACUCGCUGUAACAGAUAUUUGUGUCGCAGUAUUUCUGAGUCUGUUAUUUAUCAUGUGUGUAAGCUACUGGUUAGCAACUUGACUGCCUCACCAAAAUCUUGGAUAGGUCUAAAACAUACUGUCUGUGUUAAGUGUAAAAGUUUAUUCUUGACCUUGGAAACAGUAGUUUGACGGAAACAGAGUCUAAACUCGGGGUCUCCUUUCUAGUUUUCAGAGCUGUCAAUCACAUUUCAUGAGCUGCUGAAGUUAAAAACUCUGGGAAAAGCCAGUAAUAUCGCUUUUCAACCAACAUUAAAUGGGCUCUGUUCCAGUUCACGCAACUUAUUCUGAACCAUUUGAAGCAUUCCCUCAUUUCAUUUAUUUUCUGUAACCGCAUAUCCUGUUGGGAGUUGCGUAGGGGCUGGAGCCUAUCCCAGCUGACAUUGGACAAAAGGCGGGGUACACACUGGACAGGUCACCAGACUAUCACAGGGCUGACACAUAGAGACAGACAACUAUUCAUGCUCUCAUUCACACCUACAGCCAAUGAAGAGUCACUACUUAACCUAACCUGCAUGUCUUUGGACUGUGGGAGGAAGCCGGGGUACCCAGAGAAAACCCACGCUGACACAGGGAGAACAUGCAAAACUCUGAGCAGAAGGGCUCCCCCACCCUGGGCUCGAGCCAGGAACCCUUGUUGCUGUGAGUCGACAAUGCUAACCACUGAACCACCAUGCCACCCUACCGUUCAGAGCAAAAAUAAAUUGGUUUAAAGCUCAAAAAGUUGGUACCCAGCUCGAACCGAAAAAUAGCAGGUUUUCACUGACCUGAAGUGCGAAUCGUAACCAUAUCAGUGAACAUGUCAUAUUCUACAUGUUGGAAAGAGGAUGGUCAAGUGAGAAAUCAUAUUAUCAUCAACAGAUGGUCCAUGCUUGUUUUUCGGUUGAAGACAAAUAUCUGUGUUAACAUAGGGUGGCACAGUGGUGCAGAGGUUAACAUUGACACCUCACAGUAAGAGGGUUCCUGGUUCAAACUCAGGGUGGGGGAGGCCCUCUGUGUGGAGUUUGCAUGUUCUCCCCACAUGUUAUCAGCAUGGGCUUCCUCCCACAGUCCAAAGACAUGCAGGUUAGGUUAAUUGGUGACUCUAAAUUGCCCGUAGAUGUGAAUGUGAGCAUGUCUGUCUCUAUGUGUCAGUCCUGUGAUAGUCUGGUGACCUGUCCAGGGUGUACCCCGCCUCUAUCCCAAUGUCAGCUGGGAUAGGCUCCAGCCCCCUCGCGACCCUUAACAGGAUAGGCAGUUGGGGAAAUGAAUGAAAUAACAGAACAAAAGCUUGCAGGUAAUCAAUACAAUCUGCUGUACUUCCGCUGUGCAUUGUGUAAUACCCUCAGGUGAUGAUGCAUCCCUGAUUACAAUGGUUCUGCUAAAAAGUGGUUGAAAGUAAAACGCAGGCUAGUUUGCUAGAAAGCACCAAGGUUCCACGAGUUCUUGAUGAAACCUGUUCAAGAACCAGAGCUAAUUCGGUGGGAAAGUGGUAUUAGUGAACUGAGUAACGUUCUUCUGCUAAUUUAGACCGUGAGACAUGGUACAAAGCUCUGGAAAAGCUUGUAAGUUGUCCUUGAGGUAAGAUUGGUCUGGUGUGAAAGCAUGAAUGAUGUGUGGCUGUGUGUGUAAGAGGGACAUGAAUGCAUUAUGGUUUGAUUUUCUAGCCUACCUUUUCUAUCACUUAUGUUACUAUGUCUUAUAUUCUGUAAUUCUGUUCUCAUACUUGUUGUGAGAUGGUGUGCAUGAUUAAUAUUUAUGAGCACUUGAUAACUGGUGCACUGGUGUCAGUGGAUCGCAGUCUUCUUUUUGUACCCACUUUCUUUAUAUUGACAGUGUAUAUUUUACUGCAAGUAAAGUUUAAUUGCUA